CCGAGCGAAGACGCGAGGCUGGCGAGGCGGCAGCAUUAUAGAGCCGUGCGAGAGUAUUGUACAGGCGGAAAAAAUCUCGAGUGAUUGUAAGAUGUCUGUAAGGUAAGAUUCCUGAGAUUCCAAUGACGUAAUGUGAAUAGGCUUUGUUUUGCAACGGACCAAUGGUAGCGCGCAAAGAUCGUGACGUCAAGUCCACAUGGUGCUUAUCGUGGACGCUUAGCAGCUUUGUCAUUUAUCGAGCGGAGGAGCGAGCAAGUUUGAGUUAUCUCUGAGGCGUGCAAUCAAAGGGCAAUUGUUGGUGCUGUUGAUGUUGUGCGAGAGCCUAUAUGGUCACUGAUCAGAGGUCGUUGCCCAUCAUUUUCUUCAAUGACUGCAAAUGCUGUUUUUAGUGACAUAUUUACCAUGCAAGCAUUUGGGGAUUUAACCAGUGAUUUGAAAUCAUUAUUUCUUAUUCAACAAUGUAAUCAGACUUGCUGCACCCUGUGUAACAAUCAAAUAUUGAAAACUACUAGCACUAUUGUCUUGUAUAUUACUUGUCCAAAUAUUCUGCCCACUGAAUUUGAAAACUGUGUUUCAGAAGCUGCUUUGCCUAAUAGCAGCCCACUUUUUUGUGAUGCAUGUCAAAGGCAUUCUGGUGAUAUUUCAGGUUUGCAACAUUUUGUUACCAUGCCAAAAUUUUUACACAUUGAAUUAUCAUCAAUUUCUUUUGGUCAAACUGUUCUACCAGCAAGUAUGGAACUCUUAGGUACAUUUUACUUAUUAAAAGCUGUUGUGCGGUGUGCAAGCCACCAUUUCACUAUUGCUAUAAACAAUGGUCGUUAUUGGUUUUAUUAUGAUGAUCUCUGUAGUGCAGUUCAGCAAUAUGCUACAUUUCAAGAUAUUUUGAAUGUUUACGCCAAUGGAUGGUAUUUUGCUGUUUAUGAAAGCUCUGUUGAUAACAUUAUUAAUAUACAUCAAGGCAUUGAUUCCUGUACAUUAAUGCCAGACCAUUCUUAUUCAAAAUUAGAGGAUAAAGAACGCCAAGCCUGUGAUGAUUUUGGGAAAGAAGUUUGCACACCCAGAAAACGACAAAGACCAGAAACAAAUACUGACAAAUUGAUAGAUAGAAAAAGAAAGCUGAACUUAAAUGUAGUAAAUCCACAUUUGAAGAAUUACAAAAUUGCUAAAAAAGCCAAAGAGACAGAGAGUGAAAAACUUUCUAGACAAAAAAAGCAAAAAGAAUAUAUGAGGGCAUACAGAAGGAAAAUAAAGGAUUAUGAGACAGGGGAGGAGAAGCAAGCACGAUUGAUAAAACAAAAUGUGCAAAAGUGGAACUCUAGACAGAAAAAGGAAGACAAUACAUUUGAUGUAAUUAAACCAGUAGGAAAAUUUACAGCUAAAAAAGCCAAAGAGACAGAGAGUGAAAAACUUUCUAGACAAAAAAACCAAAAAGAAUAUAUGAGGGCAUACAGAAGGAAAAUAAAGGAUUAUGAGACAGGGGAGGAAAAGCAAGCACAAUUGAUAAAACAAACUGUGCAAUUUAAGUGGAACUCUAGACAGAAAAAGGAAGACAAUACAUUUGAUGUAAUUAAACCAGUAGGAAAAUUUACAGCAUGGCAAAAAGUAGAUAAACCACUGCAUAAUGUUGACAAAGAAGCAUAUUUAUCUCAAUUUGACAGUAUAAACACUGGACCAAUUCAUGUACAGAAGUGGGCUAUCAAAAACAUGGAAGACUUUCAUAAUUCACUUAAAUUCAAAAUUUAUAUGUGUGAAGUUUGCCAUGAGGCAUGGCCAUUAUCAUCAAAAGGCAAAAAGAGAUCUCCUUAUAUGUGUUCAAGAUGUUCACGUGACAAGAAUGGAGUGAAAAAAUUUUCAUCUCAGAAUGGAAUGAUUCCUUCACAAGUCCCAAAUGAAUUGCAAGGUUUAACGCAAUUAGAGGAAAUGUUAAUAGCUCGUGUUUUCCCAGUAAUUUCUGUUUAUACAAAACCAGGUGGACAAAAAGCAUAUAAAGGUCAUUGUAUUAACUUCUCUCAAGAUAUCCAAGAGUUAGCCAAUUCAUUGCCAAGAAACCUAAGUGAAAUGCCAGUAAUAGUUGUGUCAGUCAAAGGCAAAGAUAAUACUUAUAAAGAUCUCACUGUGAGACGUGAAAAGGUCAGCUGUGCUCUGCACUGGUUAGUUCAACAUAACCCUGUAUAUAAGGAUAUCACUAUUGAUUAUGAAUUGUUGGCUUUCUUGCCUUCUGAUGGCAUUCCCACUGAGCUGCGUAAAAUUUAUUGUACUGAGAACAGUAAAGAUGAUGAAAUUGAUCCAGACAGAGGUCCUCUUGAUGAAAUACCUUUCAAUGAAGACACAGAAUUGAGUAGCACAAUUCUUAACCCUGUACAACUAAAGCCACAGAAGCAGCUGAUAAAAGAUGAGUUAUUACAAAACAGUAAAAUCAAUUGGCCUAAUAGGAAUUCAAGUCCUCUCAAUGAGUUUAAAAUUGAAUAUUUAGCUACUAUGGCAUUUCCUACUUUGUUCCCAGAUGGUAAAGGAGAUCCUACUAACAGUGCUACAAUGCGUGAUGUGACCCUUGGAGAUAAAAUAAAACAUUUGAUUAAAUUUGCUGAAUAUAAUAAUGGUAAAUGGGCUUAUAGGUUUGCAAGUCACCCACGGUUUGCUUAUUGGGCAUUCAACAUGAUUCAGAGGCACAGACUCCUUAGUCAGGGAAAUAUUUUUUUAAAGCAAAACCCUGGUGAAGCUAAGUUAACUGUAGAACAACUUCAACAAAUGCUUCAAACAAAUACGUAUUCUACUUUAAUGUCAAAACUUAUGCAUUAUGCUAAAAAUGUUACUGGUAGCAAUAGCUAUUGGCACAAAGCUAAAGAGGAUUUGCGAGCAACCAUUGCUCAAGUAGGACCGCCUACUAUAUUUUUUACUUUAUCUUGUGCUGAGUACCAUUGGCCUGAAUUUCAUGAACUCUUUUGUGACCCUCACUCUGAAACACUUCAACCAGCAAUCAGGCAGCAAAAUGUUCUUCAAAAUCCACAUAUCUUGGAUUGGUUUUUUACUGAGCGAACAGAUCGUUUUGUCAAGUUUUGGUUAAAAGAGUCAUUAGGGGCUUCUUGGCAUUGGUACAGAUACGAGUAUGCAGUUCAGAGAGGUUCAAUUCAUUGUCAUGGAGUUGCAAAAUUGAAAAAUGAUCCAGGACUUUGCGAACUGACAGAAAUUGCAUUGCAAGGUUUUUUAGCAUCAAAGCAUAUCAAUGAGAACAAAGGAAAUUUGUCAGAAGAAGAAAUAUUAGAACUGGAGACUAAGAUAAAUCAAGGUAUACAAGCAGAGUCUGUUGUUUGUCAGUAUGUUGACUUUAUACUAACAACUUGGAAUCCAUGUUCCCCAGAAGAAGGGUGGUCCAAACCAGAUUCUCAUCCAUGUCAAACCCAGUAUCUGUCUUUGAAUGGCAAACAAAAAGAGGAAGACUAUGUGAAUUUAUUAAACUCUGUUGAGAGACAUACAAUGUGCA